AUGUGUAAUAUUGAAUUUGAAAACAAAGACCUGCUUGCCUUAAUCCUGAUAAAGUGUGGUGAUAAUGAUGAAAAUUGUCAUGUUAAAGGGGGUGGGGGUAGCAUGGUUGAGUUGAAGAUUGUUGAACAAGUUAUAUACAUGUUCUAUUGUAUUCUUCUUAUUCAUAAGCUAUUUCAAAAAUAUAUGUCUAAAUUAUCUAAUGACUUCUGUUAUGAAACAGAAAGAAGAGAAGACCUUGAGAGUAAGAUAAACAUGAUAGAUUAUCUAAUGACUUCUGUUAUGAAACAGAAAGAAAUGAUGGUUGACAACUUCAAUAGAGAUGUCAAAAUGGUGCAAGAGAAAGAGAAUGUGCAACUUAAAAGGAUUAACACUAAGUAUGAAAAAACCAAAUUACAGCUGGAAGACCAUGAAAAGAAAUUGAGUGCACGUGAAGUGAUAAACGAACGUGAGAAUAAAAAGCUUGACACUGAGAAGAAAAUGGUACUAAUAACUCUGUUGGCAAUUUUGGAGCAGAAGAAGGUAAAUGAUAGAAUGUUGAAGUUGGUCGGAAAUCACACGAAAGAAAAAGAGAAACCUCACCAGAAGAUUAUUGAGCUUCAAAAGAAGCUUGAUGAUAAGCAACGAUUGGAGCUAGAGAUCAAAUAGAUGGAAGGAGCCAUGGAAGUAAUGAAGCACAUGACUCAUGAAGAUGUUGAAGCAAAGAAGAAUUUUGAGUCGAUAAAAGAAGAUCUGAAAGAAAAAGAAGAGGAACUUGAGGAUUUGGAAGAGCUUAAUCAAUCAUUGGUAAUUAAAGAAAGACUAAUCAGUGAUGAGUUACAGGAUGCUCGCAAAGAGUUGAUUUUUGAUUUGAAGGAAAUAUGUGGUUCUGGUAGGGCCCAUAUUGGUGUGAAAAGAAUGGGGGAUCUUGAUGCAAAACCUUUCAUAGUUGAUGCUAUGAAACGUUGUUUAAGUCGAGAGGAUACAGUCAAGUCUCUAUCAAUAUGGGAGGAUCAUCUCAGGGAUUCAAGCUGGCACCCAUUUAAGAUCAUCACCAUUAGAGAUGAUUACAACAUUCAAAGGCCACCUUCUUGCAUUGACUCAAUGUGUGCAAAAGCCAAUUCUGUUGUGUUCCACACGGGUUAUGGCUACAAUUCCCAAAUGCCAUAUGGUUCAUAUUCUCCAGUGACCGCACCUCUCCCUUCUGUUAAUGAUCUAUAUGCCAAUAAUGGUGAAGACUCCAUGUCAAUGGUUACUGAAAGCUUUCAAAAUAAUGAACAUGUUCACUUGUUGUCCCCAGUUGAUGUAUCUGCUUCUCUUUCGGUGAACAGGUCUGGAAGGCUUGAGAAUAAUACAGCACAAUAA